CUAGUACUUGGUUUGGUUGGCAUUGUUAUACCAAGUACCACUGCUUCUCUUCUUUCUCUUUGCUCUGUCCUCAUGUUCUUCUUCUACUCCUAGUCCCAGUUCUCUUCCCUCUUCUUCACUCCCUCCUCGCCCCUCGUUCCUUCCCUUCUUCUCGAGGUUGCUGUUUUCACCUUGCUGGGACUGAAGAAGAGGGUAAGAUACCAUGAAGAGGCUAGUAACUGUGCUUUUACUUAUAGCAUUCAGCACUGCUCUGGAAAGCAAUGGGGAUGAUCAUGGACCAUGUAAGAAAAUUACAUUGGAUCCUAGGCCUCACAGCGUGUCAAUAUUGGAGUUCGGGGCAGUUGGGGAUGGAAAAACAUUGAAUACAGUUGCAUUUCAGAAUGCAGUUUUUUAUGCCAAGUCCUUUGCUGACAAAGGUGGAGCUCAACUGUAUGUUCCAUCUGGAAAAUGGCUUACUGGAAGUUUUAACCUUACAAGUCACCUCACUCUCUUCCUUGAGAAAGGCGCAACCAUCAUUGCAUCACAGGAUUAUGCGCAUUGGAGUGUAGCGGAUCCCCUACCUUCUUAUGGCCGAGGAAUUGAUAUCCCAGGUGGGAGAUAUCGUAGCUUGAUUUACGUAAAUAACUUAACUGAUGUGGUAAUUACAGGUUAUGAUGGAACUAUUGAUGGCCAGGGUUCUGUCUGGUGGGACCUAAUCAGUACUGGUGACCUAAAUUAUAGCAGACCACAUAUCAUAGAACUUAUUGGUUCUGAUAAUAUCACAAUCUCAAAUUUGACAAUUUUAAACUCUCCUUCUUGGGGAAUCCAUCCAGUAUAUUGCAGGUACGUUCAAAUUCAUAACAUAACAGUGCAUGCACCGCCUGAAUCCCCUCACACAAGCGGAAUAGUUCCAGAUUCUUCUGAGUACAUUUGCAUUGACAAAAGCAAUAUUAGCACCGGUCAUGAUGCAAUCGCGUUGAAGAGUGGUUGGGAUGAAUAUGGAGUUGCAUAUGGCAAACCAACCUUGAAUGUCCACAUUAGUAGCGUUUACCUACAAUCAUCAUCAGGUGCUGGAUUAGCAUUCGGAAGCGAGAUGUCUGGAGGCAUAUCCAAUAUAAUUGCAGAGCAGGUUCAUAUUAUCAACUCAAAAAUUGGUAUUGAACUGAAGACAACUAAGGGUAGAGGUGGCUACAUGAAAGACAUUUUGAUUUCCGACACAAAAUUGGAAAACAUUCACUUGGGUAUCGGCAUGAUAGGAGACUACGGUUCCCAUCCAGAUGACAAGUAUGAUCCUAAUGCAAUGCCGGUUGUCGGUAGCAUUACUUUUAAGAAUGUGGUUGGUGGAAAUGUUUCUAUUGCUGGGAAUUUUUCAGGGAUAGUUGAUUCGCCAUUCGCACCUAUCUGCCUAUCAAAUGUGACUUUUUCUAUCAGUUCUGAGUCAUCAUCACCUUCAUGGUUCUGUUCUAAUGUAAUGGGUUUCUCUGAAGAGGUGUUUCCUAAGCCAUGUUCUGAUCUGCAGAGCUCAUAUUCAACAAACAUUCCCUCUUGCUAUUCCUACCAGCAUCAUCCGUCAUCUAGUUAUGUCUCGAGCGUGUGAGAUCACCGUCUCAAAGUCUAGUCAUUCCUUUGAUUCAACCUGUACAUGUGACACAAAAUUCAUAUUUCAUCAAGAACUACUUCAUUACAAUUUUCCAAAUAAAAGGAAAUUCUUGAUUUAAAAUUGUUCUUUCUCUUCAAUGAACCUUCCUUUGUCUGUCUAUGCAAAGUGUCUAGAGUGGUGUCAAUUCCAAAUAGUACAUUUGUGUACAGCCUCAAUUUCUUCAUUCAUGUACAAGAAAUUUUUGAUGUUGGUGUACAGCCUAAGACUAUUUGCUUUCAAUGUAUAAUUUGGAGUUCUAUGUU